AAUUAGUCUGAGAGCAUUACUACAUGGAAUCCAUACCCAGGCACGUGAAUUCAACACACGCGGCACUCACUUCACCAUUUCAUAACUGAAUCAUCACCGCCAUUCCAGUACCUUCAUGCACACUCACACAUAUAUACACUCAUUGCAUUACAUUUCAAUAACAUUCUCAGUUUUGCAGAAACUAUAAAACAAGAAUUCACAGAAAAAAAAUAAUGGUGAAAAUCACUGAAGAAACCAACCUAUCUGAUCAACAAGAAGUGGAAGAAGAAAUAGAUUAUGAUGAGCUGAAGAAACGCAUGUGGAAGGACAAAAUCCUACUACAGAAGCUAAAGGAGAAAGGCAAGAAACAAGAACAAAACCAGCAAGCAAAAGAUGAAGCAUCGAGACGAAAGAAGAUGUCAAGAGCACAAGAUUCAAUCCUGAAAUAUAUGAUGAAGAUUAUGACAAUAUGCAAAGCUCAAGGUUUUGUCUAUGGUAUUAUCCCAGAGAAUGGAAAACCAGUGACAGGUUCUUCAGAAAGCUUGCGUGAGUGGUGGAAAGAACAAGUCAAGUUCAGUCAAAAAGCACCAGAAGCAGUUUCCAAAUACUUAUUAUUACCACCACCACCACCACUCUUAGAAAAUCAACAAGAUUCAAUUUCAUCAUACAUGCAUUUACUUUAUGAGUUACAAGAUACUACUUUAGGUUCACUACUUUCAGCUCUCAUGCAACACUGUGUGCCACCACAAAGAAGGUUCCCUCUUGAAAGAGGUUUGGCUCCUCCUUGGUGGCCAAAUGGCAAAGAACAGUGGUGGGGUCAACAAGGUUUUAUGGCAGAAAAACAAGGUCCACCACCUUAUAGAAAGCCUCAUGAUUUGAAAAAGGGUUGGAAGGUUUCUGUGUUGGCUGCAAUCAUCAAACACUUGUCUCCUGAUGUUGAUAAAGUUAGAAGGCUAGUGACUCAGUCCAAGACUUUGCAAGAUAAGAUGACUGCUAAAGAUAGUGCAACUUGGUGCAAAGUUAUGAACCAAGAACAAGCUUUGCUUUCAGAAAUCACUAGAAAGUGUCUCAAGAUAUCAGAAGAUGGUGAAAGCUCUAGUAGUGUUGUUACACAUGUUUUGAAUGAGAAGAGGAAGAGUGAGUUUGGUUUUGAUUUUGAUGUUGACUUUGAUAAGAUGUAUUCAUGUCAAUAUGCUGAGUGUCCACAAAGUGAGCUGUGUAUGGGAUUUUCAGACAAGAGUUCAAGGGUGAAUCAUGAAUCCUUCUGUUCUUACAGAUCAGGACAAGGUCAUGUUCCUUUCCAUGAUUAUCUGUCAGAUGAUUGGUUUAAUAUGGAUAUAGCAGGAACUAGUAAUCAGAAUCAGGAUCAUGGAAGCCUCGUUGGGAAUGUUAAUGAGUUGAGAGAGAUUGUGGAUAGGACAGUAGAAGGUUAUGGUGAAUUUUGGCUUAAUGGCAUGCAAGAUCUUGAAUUGCACAUGGGAGUAAACAUGCAAAGAGAUAAUGUGGACUUGAAUCAAAAUCAAGAACAAGAUACCACAUUAAGUCACGAAGAAACCUCAAUUUGGGACUUGACAUACCAUUAGGUUCUUUUCCUCUCUGUUGAACUGGGAUCAUCUGCAGUGCUGUCUUCUUGUCCGGUGGAUAAAAUCCCACUGGACACAAAGACAACACCGUAGAUGAUCCGAUCAGCGUGCCAAUAUGUCUUCUUUCAACUUUUUAAUAAGAUAGAAAAUAGAGAUUUAAAUAAGUAGGGACCAUCUAUGUUCUGGUAUGUAACUCAAAGUGAGCUUUAGUCUGUUCAAAUUAUUAUUAAUACCAUAUGUUUCUCCUCUA